UAGAAAGUUGAUGUAUUCACCGCGCGUCAGAAGCCCAUCGUCGAGUCCGUGCACGAGCCUUAAGCUAACGAAGGGAAGCGUUUAGCUUCGUUUUCGACAUCAAAAUCUGAUGUUGAGCCGUUUUUAGACGCCCAGAGCAGCUCGCGCUAAUAGAGAGCGGUUUUAAAGGGAAAAUAACCGGUGUUUACGGUCCAUCAUUCGCGCAUUCAUUGACUCAGAUGGCGGCCACAGUGGAGGAGCUUUACCGUAACUACGGGAUCCUCGCGGACGCUAAAGAGGACCUCAGUCAGCAUAAAGAUGCUUACCAGGUUAUUCUGGAUGGUGUGAAAGGAGGCCCAAAAGAGAAGCGUUUGGCUGCACAGUUCAUUCCAAAGUUCUUCAGCAGUUUUCCAGACCUGGCAGAUGCAGCAAUUAACGCACAGUUGGAUUUGUGUGAAGAUGAAGACGUAUCGAUUCGACGACAGGCCAUCAAAGAACUCCCACGCUUUGCUGCUGGAGAGAAUUUACCCAGAGUAGCAGACAUCCUCACACAACUACUGCAGACAGAUGAUGCAGCAGAAUUCAACCAAGUAAACAGUGCACUGAUUUCUAUAUUCAAAAUUGACGCUAGAGGGACACUUGGAGGUCUUUUUAGCCAAAUUCUACAGGGAGAGGAUGUGGUAAGAGAAAGAGCUAUCAAGUUCCUCUCUACCAAGUUGAAGGCAAUGCCAGAUGAAACCCUGACCAAGGAUGUGGAGGACUUCAUCUUCAUAGAGACAAAAAAGGUUUUAGAGGAUGUGACUGGAGAGGAGUUUGUUCUUCUGAUGCGGGUGCUGUCUGGCAUGAAGAGCUUGCAGACAGUGAGCGGUAGGCAGCAGCUGGUGGAGUUGGUGGUGGAGCAGGCCUACCUGGAGCAGGCCCUCAACCCUGCUGAUGCUGACAGCGUAGAUCGCCUGUUGCAGUGCACUCGCCAGGCACUACCACUGUUCUCAAAAAAUGUACAUUCGACUCGAUUUGUGACGUAUUUCUGUGAACAUGUGCUGCCUAACAUCAGCAUGCUCACCAGCCCUGUGGCAGAACUGGACAUCCAGCUUGAAGUUCUAAAACUGCUGGCUGAAAUGAGUCCAUACUGUGGUGACAUGGACAAACUCGAGUCCAACCUCAUGAUGCUGUUUGAGAAACUUCUGGAGUUCAUGCCCUUGCCUCCUGAAGAGGAGAAUGGAGAAAAUGCUGGGAAUGAGGAACCAAAGCUCCAGUUCAGUUAUGUGGAGUGCCUGCUCUACAGCUUCCACCAGCUGGGCAAAAAGUUACCAGAUUUUCUUAUUGACAAGGUCAAUGCUGAGAAAUUAAAAGACUUCAAGAUCAGGCUGCAGUACUUUGCGAGAGGACUUCAGGUGUACAUCCGUCAACUCCGUGUGGCCUUGCAAGGCAAAAGUGGUGAUGCUCUAAAGACUGAAGAGAAUAAAAUUAAAGUGGUGGCUUUGAAAAUUACCAACAACAUCAACAUCCUUAUCAAGGAUCUCUUCCACAACCCUCCAUCCUACAAGAGCACGGUCACUUUGUCCUGGAAACCAGUGCAAAAGUCUGAGGCAGUGGCAGCAGCUGUUGUAGGCCAAAAACGCUCCUCUGGAGAGGAUGUGCCUACAGGAACCAUUGGAAAGAAAGUUUCCCCGUUGCCCAGGAGGGAUGCAAGGCAGAUAUAUAAUCCCCCAAGUGGAAAAUACAGUGCUAGCAUUGGGAACUUCUCUUAUGAGCAAAGAGGUGGGUUCAGAGGUGGCCGGGGUAGAGGUUUUGGACGAGGAAACAGAAGUCGAGGGCGGAUCUACUGAAGGAGGACUAUACAAAAUUUUUAGACAUCUAUCUACACAGCUGCAGGUCUGCCACAUGCCAGCAUCUUUACUGUUCACUGUUCUGACAGCAUCGGUCCUGUUAGUCUCCCCAUUUAACACUUAUUGUACUUUAUCCCUCCACAUUUUUGUUCCUGGUUUUUAAAUGUAGUGAAAUCAUACUUAGUUUGUGUGUGGGGAACCUGACACCCCCCCCCCCCCCUUUUUUUUUGAGGAUAAAAAAACAAGACAAUUGUGUAAUAUGUACCUUUUGAUUGUAUUUGUAUGGUGGCAGAUCUUUUGUAUUUUUUUAUCUUAUUUUUUCAGUGUUUUUGUUUGAUAUUGUCUUCACAUGACUUUGUAAGAUACAUUUGUUUUGAUCUGCAUUUUAUUAUAAACCGGUCCAGUCAAAAAAAUCCAUUGUCAUUGGUAAUUUUUGGAAAUAUGUAUUUAAGUUUAUAACAGAUCUACUUUGGGCUUUGCAAUUUUUCAUGAGUAAGGAAAAGGGAGUGUAGAAUUUUCAGUGACGUAAUCCUUAAUAUUUGUCUUAAAUUAUGGUAACUCAUCUAUUAGCUUCCAAUACUGGCUGAUUAUUCUGUUUUUCAGGUAACUUUUUCAAAUAUGAGGAACUAUUUUGAAUUUCACAUUUUUUGCAUGCACAUUUUACAGCAGUUGAAAUAGGUAUACAAGUAUUUUGAAUUAAAAAAAAAAAGCAAUUGUUCCUUCUAGUUUUUAUAACUGGUAGCAAUCUUUUGACUGAAUUGUUCUGUUUGUUAUUGGCCGUGGCUGCUUGGUUCUGUUUGGUAAUAAGGGUGCAAACGCUGGCACCAUAAACAAUAAUAAUAUAAUUACACUGUGUUUUGCUCGUUUAAUCGUUAAAUAUGUACUUUUGCAGACACCAAAAUUAAACUGAUUUUAUUUUGGUUCAAAAACAAUGAACAUGCAAAAUUAAGUUCAAACAAGAUUAAAUGUUUCUGCAUUGUCUAUUUUUGCUCUUUGACUGAAUGACACUUUUCACUGGAGUUUCUCAAGAAAUAUUUUUACAUGGUUAUUUUUAAUAGCAUUGUGCAUAUAAAGUAAAAUCUGUUGCAAAAUGGGCUACACUUAGGCUUCUGCAGUGAACAGACAAGCACUCGUUUCAAGGUUCUAAAUUGUUUACAGCCGCAAGAAUAAACAAGUUUCGAUUA